UUCAAUUUUGUAUCAAAUACCCAUCGCAAAAGACAGCGGAUAUUCGAAGCCAUCAGCUCGUCCACUGAGCAAAUGCGUGGGCCUCGCUCGCAUUGAUGAUCCAUUAAGCCUAAUUCUUUAGUCCUGCUCAUUAAGGCACGGCCUUCAACCCUUGCCCAUGAAACCUACUCAUUAGUCCUGCCAUUCAACCCAUGCCCAUUAAUACUGCGUAUUAAUCCUGCAAAUUAGCACUGCUCAUUAGUCCUGCCCAUUAAGGCGGCCGCGGCGAUGGACGCAAACGUCGUCCUCGUUGUCCUGCUGCUUGGGUGCGUCGGAGCCCUGCAUGCCAGUCAAGAUGUCCGCGACUUCCUAAGUGCGCAAGAACUUGAAUAUAUGCAUAAAAGCAACCACAGCGCGGAGUCGGCCGCACCUUACCGCCCACGAUCGUUCCUGAUGAACCAAGACUCCAUCAGAGAAACUUUCAACAAAAUCUACCAAUAUUACCUGCCCAUUCCUGAGAGCCUUAGUCCCAACCACGGCCUGAGGCCGGCGGCGAACCUGACGAAGGAGUGCGCGCGGGACGUGGCCGCCGUCUACGCGGCCUUCCAGACGUCGCGGCCAGGGCUUCGUCCUGACCAGAACCUGCGAGUCUGGGCGGUGCAAAUGAUGGACGCCUGGGGCAAGGCUGAGGACGGCGUGCUGAGCGGCAACGGCCGCUGGCUGGGCUUCUUCGAUCAGUGCUUGGCAUCCACGGGCGUCUCUCAAGACGUCCCUGAUGACCUCACCACCGACGUCUCCACAGACGUCGACGUUACCACCGACGUUUCUAGAAACGUGGUCGUCAACGUGACGUUCAGAGGACAGUACUGCAUCGUCACGGCGCUACCGUCCAAGACGUCGCUGCUGAAGGGCCUACUGCCGGUGCAGUACGCGACCUGCAUGCCUUCGUCCUGCACCGAGCAGGAGUUGGAGGUGAGUGACCUGCAUCCCUUCGUCCUGCACCGAGCAGGAGUUGGAGCGUCUAGUUUGGACACCAUACGUGCGGCGCUGCUCUGCUUGAAGCAUCAGCCAGCUGCUGUGCUGCUGCUGAUGGUCCUGCCUGUGGUGGCCGCCACUGUCGCUCACCUCGCCACGGGUCGCUUGCCGGCGUACGUGAAGGCGUUCUCCCUGAAGGAGAACCUGAAGAAGCUGGCGGCAACCGCAAACAUCUACGCGCGUAGAGACAUCACUGCUCUGCACGGCAUCAGGGUGAUGUCGAUAGCCUGGGUCAUCCUGGGUCACCACUACACGCUUGCGUCUAACGUCACGCAGAACAUACUCACCAUACCUCGGAUGACGGAGCCCUGGACCUUCCAAAUGGUGUGGGCUGCCAACUACGCCGUAGACACUUUCUUCACUCUCAGUGGCCUGCUCACCACCAUGGCCAUCAUGAAGACAAACUUCUGCCUGCGUCCAAGUGCAUCCCUGCUGGAAGCCAAGCCUAACUCGGAGCACGGGGGGCGUGAUGCCGGAGGGUCCAACAUCGUCCGCGCCAUCAGGCGACAAGGCGCUGCGUCGACAGCGCUUGUGUUCGGCAAAACAUACGUUGUCUACGUCGCUCACCGCCUCCUGAGGAUGACGCCCACGUUGUUGCUGGUCAUCAUGUACUGCGCCGGGCCUUCACUUUAUUUCAUUGACGGGCCGUUCCGUAGAGGUUAUCACGAUCUUUACCUUAAGAACUGCCGGCAGAACUGGUGGGUUGACCUGACGUUCGCAUCCAACUACCUGUACAAACAUCCUUCGUGCAUUGGCUCAAGCUGGUACAUCGGCACCGACUUCCAACUGCACCUCAUCGCCCCCUUCAUCCUGCUGCCAAUGAAGCUCGUCGAGUGCAAGUUGCUGUACGCGGUUGUGGUGGUCGUCGUGUUUUCUCUACUGAAGGGAACUUUGGUCGUCGCCAACGACCUUAUCCUGGCGCCGUUGAUGGGCACCACCACGCCCGAGAUCCAGGCGUACGACACGCAUGUGUACUACCCUCCGUACACCCGGGCAGCACCCUUCUUUGUAGGCUCCUUGAUUGCCGUCUUGAUGAUGCAGUUUGAUGCCGCGAACAAGGCAGGGACUCUCGAGCAGCUGCGGUGGCUGCAGCUGUUGAAGAGAAAGGUGAUGCGGGCGACGGGGUGGUUGGUGUUCGCAGUAACGGUGGCGGCGGUGGUGUUUGGUCUCUCAGGCAAGAACUACUCGCACCUCUUCGGCACGUUGCCCCCCUUUGGCGGCGCAGAGUCAUUCUUCUACGCGAGCUUCGCGACGCCAGCGUGGGCGAUGUGCGUAGGCUGGCUGGUGCUCACCAGUUACUGUGGAUGUGGAGGGGGCGUGGGCACCCUGCUGGCCCAGUACGUAUGGGUCCACGAGCCCUGUUGUCCCGUCACAGCUCCUGAGCUACGCCGGCAUCACGGUGCUGAUCUUCCUGGCCGCGAUCCUGGUCAGCUUGGUGGCAGAGUCGCCAUACUUUGCUUUGUUGAAACUGACGCUCCCAGCACGACCGUAGUGCUGCUAGAGGUGCUAAUGCUGCUAGAGGUGCUGGUGCUGCUAGAGAGUGACCAUGCCCCAAAUCCGUGA